AUGAUUGCGGCCUCACCUCCUCCCCGACGACAUCAUACAGAUAUUCCGCCACUAGAAACUCGUCCCGAUACUCCGGUGGACCGGACACGAAGAAAGUCGACCCCGGGUCAAGGGUCACUACCCACAAAACCGACUGCUCCAUUGCCUAGCCCGAGUAUUAUAACAGCACGUGCCUAUUACCUCGAAUUGGCGUCACCAAUCGGGCCGGGGGAAAGUGCAACCAGGAGCCGCAGAAGCUUAAUUCAAGGGCACCCAUUGCCAAGGAGACAUUCAAUUCUGCCUACGACUGGAAAUCUAGUGUCUCAGUUAGAGAAUUUCAAAUUUACGCCUGCUGGAAACGAUCUUCAAGCAGUGUCAGAGGGAGAGGAAGCCCAAAGGAAGAUCAAGACCGAAGAUGAUAAUGUGUGUAUGAACGAGAUCACAGAAAGCAAGCCUGUUCGACAAAUACGAAAAUCAAGUCUCAUAUGCGGAACACACCAAGAAGUGCUCCGUCAAGUCCCGUUUCAGUAUACUCACGAUCACUUGCGAGAUUGGGGACAUGCAUAUCUAGGGAAUUCGGAGACGGCAGAUGCAUUCGUCCACGCAGUGAGCUUACGGCGACCCAGUCUGGAGAUCAAGGAUGAAUUUCAAGUCAGGUCAACAGAUGUAGUCACCAUCCGAGCCAGAAUUGUGCCAAAAGCAAAAGAGCGAAAGCCCUUCUUAAUUCAAAGACAAUUCAAUAUCGAUGAACUACGGUCAAGAAUAGCCAAACCACAAGCCAUUCGAGAUUUGGAGGUAGACAACAUGCCUUCUCAACCAAGGCGGUCAAGCCGAAUACGGAGAUCCUCAGCCUGGCAAGCUGUAGCGCAUCAAAAGAAAGCAUCAGGGAACUGCAGGACCCUUAUAACAGAGCGGCAUGCUCCACUAGGAAUCGGGACUCUUCCUAUUCACAUCGAAUACGCACUGCACUACGUCCCCGUCCUCGCGGCGCUGAUGCUCUCGGGCCACGUCCGAAAGGGGGACACCAUUGACCUCCCCAUCCCGCACCCUGAAUCCUGGAAGGAAACUGUGACCUACAUCUACACAGGUUGCGAAACUCCUUCCGCCGCAGUCAGGAAAAACAUUUCGUACCUUGCUGGGCACGGUGACUAA